AUGCAAAAACACUGUAAUGCCAAAGAGGACAGGUUGAUCAGUACAGCAGCUAGCACAACAUUCAAAACUGAGUUCAGUGUCAAUGGAAGAGAUGAGGAACUCCAUCAACAGUCUGUUGGAAGUGCCAGUGCAGCAGACUGUGCUGCAACCACUGCAGUUCCUGUCAGUACCUGCAAAACCGAAUGGUUUGACCGUGAUAACCCAUCCGGAAAGGGAGAUUUCGAAGUUCUUAACCUAUUACUACACGAAUUUCCAAACCGCAUCUGCAUUCAUCCAGAUAGCUGUGAAGUGGAGACAACUUCAGGGGUUCCAGCCUCACAAACCGGACAGAAUAUUCAACCGUGCAAUGUAGCUACUGGAUUCUUUUGUGAGAACCAAUUACAACAUAAUCAGAGCUGCCACGACUACAGAAUCAGAUUCACCUGCCCUGAAGCAUUCUGUGCUGCAACCACUGCAGUUCCUGUCAGUACCUGCAAAACCGAAUGGUUUGACCGUGAUGACCCAUCCGGAAAGGGAGAUUUCGAAGUUCUUAACCUAUUACUAAACGAAUUUCCAAACCGCAUCUGCAUUCAUCCAGACAGCUGUGAAGUGGAGACAACUUCAGGGGUUCCAGCCUCACAAACCGGACAGAAUAUUCAACCGUGCAAUGUAGCUACUGGAUUCUUUUGUGAGAACAAAUUACAACAUAAUCAGAGGUGCCACGAUUACAGAAUCAGAUUCACCUGCCCUGAAACAUUCUGUGCUGCAACCACUACAGUUCACAGUGAGAAGAAAACUCGGUGGUUUGAUCGUGAUGACCCAACGGGUCGAGGAGACUUUGAAACACUUACAGAUCUUCGGAAAGAGAAUCCCAAUGAAAUCUGCAGUAAUCCAAUUGCCUGUGAAGUACAGACAGUACUUGGAAAGCCAGCCUCAAGCACUGAUGACAACAUUCCUGAGUGCAGCAUCUUAACUGGAUUUUUUUGUCUAAAUAAUAAUCAAACAAGUGGAAUGUGUGAAGAUUACAGAAUACGAUUCACCUGUCCUUAAUCUUCUUACAAGCAUGCCUUCAGGAUUCUGGAAUUUCGUGGCUCUGGGACAUGCUGAUUCUAGGCUGGUGCCCCUGACUGAAGCAUUGUGGGAGAACAUGGAACAUUGGGAGCAGCAGGUUACCUACCGGGGGUUGUGUGCCCAGAGAGCUGCAUCUUCUUGGGGCCAACUCUCAGUGCUCAGAGCUUGGAAAAGCAACACAGCAGACUUUUAUCAUUGUAAAUCAGUGAGUUAUUUGUUAAGUCUCCCCCCUCACUGUAAAAUGGGGACACCUCUUUUUCCCUUCUUGGGGACAGAGGGAGGGCCUAUGGUAUGUUGAAUUAUCGGGUAAAAAAAGUCGUUUUUGGG